CAGGCGGAUGGGGCUGAAAGAAAACGGAGGAGAGAAAAGCAGGCGGAGGGGAGGGACAGGGGCUGAACCUGGAGUCGCAGGGGCAAGAGUGAAGAGAGUCGUACAAGCAGGAGAAGGAGAAGAAGAGAGUCGUACCAGCAGGAGAAGGAGCCGGCUCGCGUUCGCGCUAGAUCGGGGCCAGGCCAUCGGGGAGAGGAGGAGCAAGCAAAGCUCCUUUUGUUCCUGAUUAUCGGCGCAUCCAAUCAUUCUCACUAGAACAACCCGCGCAAGAAUGGAUCUCCGUUACAAGGAAGAACAAGGCAUGGAGUUGGAAGCGGGGUCAUGCAAGGCGGAGUCACAGGAGCUCCUUGGAGGAUGUUACGGCAAGCGCCCUGCGUCCGACGAAGCCCAGGACCUAGACGAGGUGGAAGGUGGUGGUUGCAAGCGCAGCAAGCCGCCAUCGCCGCAGCCACACACGCCUGACAUCCGUGAGGCUCAUGCCCCUGGCCGCCUUGCGGUUGGAGGUGGAGAGCAGAACGGCGGCGGGGGUAACCUCUUCGCUGAUAUUGGGCGGGACCUGUCCAUUAGUUGCAUCCUCCAGCUCUCCCGGUCAGAAUAUGGCUCUGUGGCAUCGCUGAGCCAGGAUUUUCGGUCACUGGUGAGUGGAGGCGAGAUCUACAGGCUGCGACGGCAGAAGAAGAUCUCAGAGCAUUGGGUGUACUUCUCUUGCAAUGUUUUGGAGUGGGAUGCAUAUGAUCCAUACCGUCAGCGCUGGAUCUCGGUACCCAAGAUGCCUCAUGACGAGUGCUUUAUUUGCUCGGACAAGGAGUCUCUAGCUGUCGGAACGGAGCUGCUUGUGUUUGGUAUGACACACAUUGUUUUCAGGUAUAGUUUGCUGACAAACUCCUGGACAAGGGGUGAGGUGAUGAAUGAGCCACGGUGUCUCUUUGGGUCAGCAAGUGUUGGGGAGAAGGCGUACGUUGCUGGAGGCACUGAUUCUUUUGGCAGGGUAUUGAACUCAGCAGAGCUGUAUAACUCUGAAAUGCAUACAUGGACGCCCCUCCCUGGCAUGAAUAAGGCACGGAAGAAUUGCUCUGGGGUGUUCAUGGACGACAAGUUCUAUGUUGUAGGCGGUGUGACCAAUAACAACCAGGUUUUGACCUGUGGAGAGGAGUAUGACAUACAGAAUCAGUCUUGGAGGGUAAUUGAGAACAUGUCCAAGGGUCUCAAUGGAGUGAGUGGUGCACCUCCGCUUAUUGCAGUUGUGAAGAAUGAGCUAUAUGCUGCUGAUUACAGCGAGAUGGAUGUCAAGAAGUAUGACAAGCAGAACAAUAACUGGGUCACACUAGGAAAAUUACCAGAGCGUUCUGCGUCGAUGAAUGGCUGGGGCCUUGCAUUUAGGGCAUGUGGCGAAAGGCUGAUUGUCACUGGUGGACCAAGAACAUCUAGCGGGGGGAUGAUUGAGCUCAACUCGUGGAUCCCAGAUGACAAGCCACCUGUGUGGAAUUUAAUUGCCAGGCGACCAUCUGGAAACUUUGUGUAUAAUUGUGCUGUAAUGGGAUGCUGAGUUCCCUGGAUCAAUGGUGACUAGUUAUGUUUGUGGAGAGAGGUAUGCACAAAGGCAGACCUAUUUAUCAUCAUCAAUAAUUUCUGCCUUUGACUUGGUAUCUGAUUUAGUUGGCAUCGGCAGAGCGGCAGCAGUAUCUUGUAACCCUUGAGUUCUAAUACAUCUGUUGUCGUCCGAACUAAUCCAUUUCUUCAUUUACAUUUGGAUCGAUCUCAUGAUUUUGAAGUUGAGACCAUGCAAAAAGUGUCAUAGCAAUAAUAUAGAAAAAAACAUAUUUCAGAGGCUUUAGUCAUGUGUUCGAUAGUCUGUAUGGAACAAAAGAGGAUCAUAAAUUCUGUAUACACGCCUUUGAUAUUCACUGGCAUAAUUUUGAUCCAUCAUUUCUUCUAUAUGGUGUGUUGGUAUUUCCUCCCUGUGUUUGUCGGGGGUCAAAAUGGCCCAAAGUCCUUGGAAGAGUUGAAAAAACCCUUUAGCACUUUUGAGAACAGUAUGAUUGGAAACUGAAAAAAAACUAAAGCACAUGCAAAAAAACACCUGUUUAUCCAUUCAGUUGACCCAGAUUAAUCAAAGGUAAGGUAUUCUUUCCGAUUUAAUUCUUUCAAAUUCCAAGCACAAAUUAGUGUAUCCUUAAUGCCUACUUAUUCUGCUUAUUGUAGUAUUCCCCUUGUGUUUCACAUGUUUUUGUAAUUUCUGUUUAAACAUUCUCUUAUUACUCUUUUUCAACAAGUUAUAAGUUGCUUUGUUAGUUUUUUAAUUCAAAAUUACUUGUAACAAUAGGAGGAUUGUAAGGCCUAAAGGCACAGUCAGUAUAGACCUGCAAAUUUGGUACAAUAGAUAAUAUGCCAAUAAAAAAAAUCUCUAAUAGCUUGUAACUUAGAAAACAGUUAUUUAAAAUACAGAUUAGUUGAAUCUAGUAAUGCUUGCUUACUGAUUGAUGCGCUAAGGUUCUAACUAGUGUGUGCUUAAAGGUUUUGUAUCAUUCCAUUCGUGACAUAGUGACUAACUUCAUAGUGUCGCUUGAAAUCAAGAUUUGUAUUUGCACUUUAGUUAGUUUAUUUAUUUUGAAUAAGUGUCGAAAAUGUCAUGUUUGUGUAACAUAUAUACAUUUUUUUGCCCUGUACAAAAAAGACGAAUCCAAUUCUUUGAGAAGAAUUAUUUCAUACAGUAUAUUUAUUUUUAGACAGGACACAAAAUUGAUCUUUUUACCGUAAAACUUUCGCGUGUAUAAAAUACAUUUGCAAUGUGUGUUCUUUUUUACAUCUGGAAUGUUUUUUUUCACAUGGGAACACGUGCUAGUGUCCACUACGUUGAAUUUCUUUAUACUUGAAGUGAAGUAUAUUUCUAUGUUCCUGUAUAAAAUACGUGUGAUGCACUUGCAAUCAUAAAUCCCAUGCAGCAUUGCCUUUGUUUUUUCACAUGGCAAGACGUGCUAUGUUUAUGUGCUAGUACCACACAAUACUUGCAAUCAUAAAUCCCAUGCAGCAUUAGAAAAGUAGCCUUUGGUUUUUCUUGGUACAAGAAAAAUACUGGAUUAAACAUGAUGAUACAAAAUUUGAGAACAUUCAGAAUCAUUAUUGAUGUAAAUCUGACUAGUUUCUUUAGAGAAGUAAGAUUACUUUGUGAUGCACUUUUUUAGUGCUUUAUUGCUUCAUUAUAAGUUUAAUAUAUUCUGUUUGGUUAUAUUUCCAUGGAUUGAUUUUCAUUAAAUAGUUCAAUUGAAAAAUUAAGAUGCCCCUCCAUUUUUUAACAGUCUAACCUUUUAGGACUCUUCUAAUUGUCUAGAAGCAAGUAGCAAUAAAACUUUUCUAUCAGUUAGCCAUGUGGAAUUGCUCUUACGGUAAUGAGUACAGAAUUUGUGCGUGCUUUGUUCUGCUGUGUUGCAUGAAGUUUUCUCCUGUGGGCUCUUAGUUCUGAAAUUCUCCGUUCAUGAUUUCUCCCUGCUUUAGCAAUUGCUUUUGCUGAUUCAACAUUGGAUGGAAAUUGUGCUAUUCUGCUAUGAAUUCUGUCUUGCAGUUUCUGCACACUGGACUUCUUUCAACGUAGAAGUUUCAUUUCAGGGAAGUGGACAGGAGAUGGAAAUAAUUGCUGAGCUGUUUUUGGAGCAAAGUGCAACAAGCUUUAUUCUCCUUUUGUUCCUCAUUUCGUUCUUUUUUUCUGGCAGCAUAUUUGUAGCCACCGUUGGUGUCUCGGCCAAUAGGAAGCAAAAGGCCUGAGCUGAGCCCACGGACCUUUGUUUUCCUGUUCUCAUGCUUGAUCCAUGUAGUGUCGCAUAAGUCUCUAUACUGAAGGGGAAUAUUUUUGUGUGCUGGGAGCGUGCCAUGGCAUUGCUGUUUUUUUCUUCGGGCGUGGGGCACAGCUUCUUCGGUUGGUCAGUUCCUGGGUAGUCGGUUCAUCCUUCCACACUCUUCUCUCUUAAAGACAAAACCGGUUUCUCCUCUUCUUUGUUUCUUCUUUUCUCCCAGUGCUCCUAUCUCUCCCCCAACUCACUGCCUCCCCAAGCUAGCUGCUACCACCCUCCUUCGACAUGCUCUACUAGAUUUGGCUGCUGCCACCCCUUGCUCUCCCGAUCUCCGCCUCCUCUGCAUAUGGCCACCGCAUCUUUUUCUUUCCCCGAUUCCGAGGUCGCCGUUCUCUGCUAGAUCCAGUGCAGGCACUGCUGCUCCACUGCAUCCCUCGUUCGUACCAUCGAUCGGCUCUCCUGACAGAGUUGGUGGCAGGCGAGUGAUUGGCCGGACAUGGUCAGCAACAUCCUUCUGGCACCGUGAAUUGAUGGUGCGUGACUGCUCGAUCCAUCCCGCUCCUCCUCCAGCGAUGGAGGGGAAACCAUAGGUGCGCUGCAACUGCCUCUGUUUCAUUUCUCCUCCAAACCUUAGAGCAGGUAGAGCUUGCUACUCCCUUCCUACUUUUGAUAUCUGUCAUUUAAUUCCUAUUAUAUCCUGUUUUGCCCUCGUCUGGGUGCAGUGGUUGAUAAGGGAAUCUGCCAUCCCAGGAAGUAUGAUUUCUACAUGUGUAUGUUCUUUCUACCUUGUGAGUUUUGAGUUGUCAUUUCAAUCUAAGCUAUUCUAUUCUGCUUGUAUUUUCCAGGGGACUGCGAGGCCAACACAUUGAAUGUCUCAAAUCCCCCUAGCCUAACCUAGAUCCUCACCUGGAAGAAAUGUCGUAUGAUGUAGGAUGGAAUGCCAGAUCAGGCUGUCCUGAAAUUCAGUUCUUGGGUGUGAUUUUUUUCAGAUGGGGCAAUACCUUUAGUCAAGUUGCUACUUACAGGUGUUGGCUGGGAUCUAAUUUUGAGGCUACUUGCCAUGAGAUGAAUUUGCAACCACUGACUUUGCUGCCUUGGAACAAGGGAUCUGAAUUCUCCCACGUGAUUAAAGAGGCCAAGAAUCUAGGGUUGGCCCUGGUCAUCCCUUUGCUUGGAUGGAGUGGAGGAAGCGUAAGCACAGUGCGCAUUGCUAAAUUUAACAUCAUUGUGUGUAAGUACUAUACUUUUCCUAGCCACCUGAACAUCAGAUAUUCAUAUACACUACUUUUUUUUGCAAGAAUAUACAAUACUUUAUUGUUUAUGACGUCCCUGGAAGGUUUGUUUCACACCAGAUUCAGAUGCUUUUCUUUUUUGGGGCAAGGAUAGUUUACAGAGAUGUUUUUAUAGGUACUGAUCAUUAGAACUGUUGCAUUAAUUGUUUAAACUUCUGAUAUAAUGCCAUUAUAUACUGCUCCCUUUUUUAUUGUGAAAUGGUCCUUUUUAUGUAGCUUAAUUUUUUAUGGUUUGCUCAUGUUCUGAAAUUAGGGGAGGGUGGCUAUGUCAUUUGCUACUAAUUGGAGGACAUAGAGAAAAGGCUUGGUUUCUUCAGGACAUUGCUGGUGCAUUGCAUGAUCUAUCCUGCUUCACUUGAACAUAGAUAUUAGACACCUCUAUCCAACAACAUAUGACAUAAAAGAACACGAAAUUUAAUGAAAUAAUUACCACCCUUAUGGUGGCAAAAAGGAUCACUUGAUCUUAGAGAAAUGUAGCAAUUUAUGAUUGAAAUUGUUCUAUUGUGCUUCAGUUAACACAGUAGGUAGGUCACAAUUGCCAAACAGAGUUUUCUGAGAUGAGCUACAGAAUAAAAUUUGACCUUUGAUAUUGGAAGAUUUGCUAUUUAAAUAGCACCCAUUAAUUAGCUGGAGGUCACUGGAAGUGGCACAAGUAGUUAAGUCGAAUUAUACUACUGUGUGCUUCAGUCCUAAGCUAAAAAUGUUCCGUAGCAACGGUAUGCUGCUACCCCAAUAAAAACUUUUUAGUCAAAAACUCUUCAUUGAAAUUUUAUACUGUACUUGCUUCUGCUUUAAUUUCUAGUCCAAGAAUCAAGUUUGAGCUGUGAACUAGUUCUAACUCUCCAAACUUUCAAGAUAUCACUGCGGCACUUCUUAGUUCAUGUUUUGGCACGGUAACUAUGGAGUGUCAUAGCAAUAAUCUAUUAAUGAGCUGCUGAUGCUGUAGUCUCAUUAACUUAGUGUAGUGUGAUUGUGCUGCAAUUGUUCUUAUUCUUUAUUACGUGAAACUUGAGUGUACUCUGUAAUGGUUCUAUUCCGUGCUUCAGGAACUAGCAUGUCGUCUUGUUAAGUCUGUGGGGGAUGAUUCCAUCCUCAACCAGAUUUUAUCUGAUGGCAUAAAGGCUGCAAAAUGUAAAGCGAAAGCAGGUGGCAUUAACAAAAAGAAGGUCUGCGAUGUAUGCACAAAAGCAAGUAGCUCUGAAAAAGGUAACAAGCUGGGAGGUGCAUCAAAGCUGUCUUAGUGGUACUAGAAGUUGCAUUGUUUUGUUUCAAAGAAAAAGGCAUGCAUUGUUUAGCUUCUCUAGGACUCUGCAACUCACAUAUCUUGAUAUCACCAAAUUAUGAGGCCGUGUGUUUUAUCAUUGUAACAAAAAUGUGGAUCUAAAUUGUAGCCAUUGCAGCUCAGUGUUUCGAACUUAGUUGUUAGCAAAUGCCAAAAAAUUUCUUUUUCUUUUUGCCGGCACAGCAAACCGCUAUAUUUAGCUUUGCCUUCUAAAGCAACAAUGUUUGUUCUUGCCUCACUCAACAAAGAUUGUCUGAUUCAAA